UGGCCCACCUCCUUCGUCAUCCUCAUUAUCUUCUUCUUCUUCUUCUCCUCACUACCACACUCUGCCUCUAACCUCUUUCACUCACAAGAAGGAGGUGAAGGAGAGGUCCUCUUCUGCUUUACUUCUCUUCUGGCUGUUCUUACUUUCCCUCCAAAAUGGCUGAGGGACUGGAUAAGCCUUUGCUUGACCCUGAGAAUUUCAGUCGAGAGGGUGUUGAUUUGGAACGCAUACCAUUAGAAGAAGUUUUUGAGCAGCUAAAAACAUCCCCGAGAGGACUGUCAUCGGAUGAUGCUGAAGCCAGACUGGAGAUAUUUGGCCCAAACAAGCUUGAAGAGAAGCCUGAAAAUAAAAUAUUGAAGUUUCUGAGUUUCAUGUGGAAUCCUCUAUCAUGGGUCAUGGAAGCAGCUGCUAUAAUGGCAAUUGUUCUUGCUAAUGGUGGAGGGGAAGGUCCUGAUUGGCAGGACUUUGUGGGGAUUGUAUGCCUUCUGAUCAUAAACUCCACCAUUAGUUUUAUCGAAGAGAAUAAUGCUGGAAAUGCAGCAGCUGCACUGAUGGCUCGUUUAGCCCCGAAAACGAAGGUUCUGAGAGAUGGCCAGUGGCAAGAGCAAGAUGCAGCUAUUUAGUACCUGGAGAUAUAAUCAGCAUAAAGCUGGGAGACAUCGUUCCAGCUGAUGCUCGUCUUCUUGAAGGAGACCCCC